UUACAGAAAAAAUUCGACGAAGAUGAACGUCCCAAAAGCUACCAGUGCGUCGGCCUAAUAGUCGGCGUCACCGGCAUCGUCGGCAACAGCUUGGCCGAAAUCCUCCCACUCUCCGACACCCCCGGCGGCCCAUGGAAGCUCUACGGCGUCGCUAGCCGGCCCCGCCCCGCCUGGAACUCCGAUCACCCCGUCGACUACAUCCAGUGCGACAUCUCCGACUCCGCCGACUCCCUCGCCAAGCUCUCCCCCCUCACUGACCUCACCCACAUCUUCUACGUCACCUGGACCAACCGACCCACCGAGCCCGACAACUGCGAGGCCAACGGAACCAUGCUCCGCAAUGUCCUCAAGGCUGUGAUCCCAAUCGCCCCCAAUCUCACCCACAUCUGCAUCCAAACCGGAACCAAACACUACGUCGGACCAUUCGAAUCGUUCGGGAAAAUCCAACCCCACGACCCCCCGUUCACCGAGGACAUGCCCAAGCUUGAUUUCCCCAAUUACUACUACACCUUAGAAGACGUCGUCAUCGAAGAGUCCGCCAAUAAAGAGGGCUUGACCUGGUCGGUCCACGGACCCGGUGCGAUCUUCGGGUUCUCUCCUCUUAGCAUGAUGAACAUCAUCGGAUCGCUCUGUGUAUACGCCUCAAUCUGCAAGCACGAAAACAAACCCUUGAUUUUUCCAGGAACCAAGGCGGCUUGGAAUUGCUACUCGAUUGCGUCCGAUGCGAAUUUGAUUGCGGAGCAACAGAUAUGGGCAGCGGUGGAUCCGAAUGCGAAGAACGAAGCGUUUAAUUGCAACAAUGGGGAUGUGUUUAAGUGGAAGCAUCUGUGGAGGACUUUGGCUGAGGAAUUUGGGGUCGAGUAUGUGGAAUUUGAUGAGAAUGAGACAGCGGUGAGCAUGCUGGAGAGGAUGAAGGAUAAGGGACCGGUGUGGGAUGAGGUUGUAAGAGAGAAUGGGUUGGCGGUGACUAAGUUUGAGGAAGUUGGCUUGUGGUGGUUUGUGGACAUGUCGUUGCAUUGGGAGGCUAUGCUCGAUAGCAUGAACAAGAGCAAAGAGCAUGGGUUCUUGGGGUUUAGGAACUCAAAGAACUCAUUCGUAUCCUGGAUUGAUAAAAUCAAAGCUUAUAAAAUUGUUCCAUAAACAAAUAUAAGCUCUCAAUUCUCAUCAUUAACAAUGUAAAAAAAAAUGUUGAAACUACCACCAAUGGAUUUCACAAUAUGCUAUGAGCUCUUUGUGAAUCCAAUAAAUGUUUCACUUGUGUGUCUCUUGAUUUAAAUUAGUGUUUAUAGCCAUAGUCAAGUUUGUAUGUCUCUCUUUGUUUGGACGUUUUUUAGUUACGAGGCUCAAAGCUUUUCUUGUACUAAAUAAUCUCUCUCCUCUAUUUGAAACAGAACAUGUUCA